AUCCACAUCCACCUUGAAUCCAUGUGCGCGGACGUUCGAGAAGUAAAUAUUGCUCAAGGAGGAUGAUGCGGUGAUUUUACCUGAUGACUUUGAGUGCGGCAGUCAUGCUUUCGAGAUUGUUUCUAUCUGUCAGGCGUGAAGCAUUUCAGAAGAGAAAUAUUCACCGUGCUCUGCCAGCAACAAUGAAAGCUUGGCGCACGCACAAAUUUGGAGAUCUCCAGGAACUCGUACUGGAGGAAACUACACUGCCUCAGCUGAGAUCACCAAACGAUGUUCUCGUCAAGGUUUACGCGACAAGCGUCAAUCCGCUGGACGUCGCAAUGAUGGAUGGCUAUGGUCGUAAGGUAAUCGACGUACUCAGAAGCAUCCAACACUUUCCUUAUACGUCACCGAGAUUUCCUCUUAUCUUGGGCCGAGAUUUUUCGGGACAAGUCGUUUCUGUUGGACAAGGAGUCAAGCAUUUCAGAAUUGGUGACGAGGUCUGGGGAGCAACAAUGGCAGGACACCAAGGUUCACACGCGGAGUACCUUGCUGUAUCUUCAAACAUUAUCUCACACAAACCAAAGACGUUACCUCACUUGGAGAGUGCAUCAUUCCCCUACGUUGCCCUGACAGCUUGGGCGGCCAUCAAGACUGUGGGAAACUUGAGCCGAAGCAAUGCCAACAAAAAGCGGUGCCUCGUGAUUGGUGGAUCGGGUGGUGUCGGAACAUUCGCCAUACAGCUUCUGAAGAGCUGGAAUGCAAAUGUGACUGCAACCUGCCGGUCGGAUGCCGUGGAUUUGCUGUCCAGGCUAGGAGCAGAUUCCCUGAUGGAUUAUACGGCACCGGACUUCCUGCAGCAGUUAAAAGCGAGCCAAAGGUUUGACUUUAUCCUCGACUGUGUGGGAGGUGAAUACCACAACUUAGCUCCAAAACUUCUUCAUAAAGGCAAACUGGCUCCUUGUGUGACUGUCGUGUCUCCUGUGCUGAAAAACACUGACGAGCAUGGCUUGAUCCAGGGCUUUGCACUCUCCGCGUGUCAUGCUGCCCAAACUACCAUCAAGGAGCUGGUCGAAGGCCGCAGUGUGCGCUGGGCGUUCUUCUACCCGAAUGCUGCGGCGCUCAAAGAAAUUGCCGCAAAAAUUGACUCUGGAAAGAUCAGCCCGGUUGUCAAUGAAACAUUCUGCUUUGAGGACACGCGAACAGCAUAUCACAGCGUCAAGGAUGGCCACCUUCGAGGAAAGAAUGUCAUCGCUGUAGGACAAGAAAAACAACAAUAGUCACGCACAAAGAAAAAUUUUAUUUUGUAGAGGUGCUAUAGUUGUUCUUCCAAGCCUUUCUGUAUCCUCUUCAACUCUCUGAAGAAGACUCGAUUUCCAUCUGAAGAAUUCCUUGAUCCACUCUUACACUGGGAGCAGCUUUGUCCUGGAUGUUGUACCUGUGACAUUGAGAUACGCACUUCUUAAGUAGUGCCGCAAAUGAUUUAAAAGAACUCGUAGCAAAGACUGCUUCUGCCACAUGCCGGGCAUCAUGUACAAGGGCCAUGUUACGAGAUCAUUCGAAACACUGAUUGUGUACAUGUAACUGAUGGCGAUAUGUCGCAAUCGCCAAGAAAUCGUCCUCUGGCACUGGUGGGACCAAGCCUCCUUUCAGGAAGCCGUUAGCAUCUUCCUUUUGCAGGAAGGACUGGACAUCCAAGGGUAUUGCUUAAGAGGCCCAACCAGAGUGGCGUGAGCAAAAAAGUGAGAAAAACAAAGGACUAAGCACAUGUGCUGGUUCUUUGACAGUCAAAGCAAAAAUGAAAGGUAUCGUUACACGAGUUGUGCUCAGCCUUAUCUUAUGUGUUAUACAAAAUCAGUAGCUGUAAAAUGGUAAGAUCUGCCAGUAUUGAAUAGGAUAUAAGAAAUAUGUGCUUGAGUGCUUAUGACAUGAGUCUAGUGGAGUGGAAUUUUAGCAUGGAUGACACCACCACAUGUAAUCAUCAAACUGGUCCUAUUUACUCGAGCAACUGAAAACGUGAGGUUUUUUCACCCCAGCCCUGCUUGCAUGAACGCCAGUCCUCUGUGCUGUACUCUGUAGCUUUGCCAGUUGCUGCCGGAUAGGCUGCUCAACAUUCAUGCAAGUGGGAAAUUACUAAUGUAACGAUACUCGUCAGACCCAGGACAUUGAUGGACCAAUUCUCAGUGCCGUUUUCCCCCCGUUUGCCAGUAUUUUAAUUUGUAUCCUUUUUUUGCGUAGUAACUUUUGAAGUGUGUCUAACUAAGCACCAACGAGACCCACGUAAUACGUAUUCACAAGCCCGUAUUCUUGAGCCAGAUUGUAUUCAUCACUAAAAUCUGUAAGAACGAUGCAAGAAGAUUGGGACUAAAAAAUCAACGA